AACAAGCAAUUGUCUCUUGAAUCCUCUCCCUCUCUCUCCAUCACCAAAUUAGGGUUCAUAUUAUCGCCUAAUCGAUCAGAUAUGGGAGGAGGCAAUGCCCAAAAGUCCAAGAUGGCGCGUGAGAAAAACCUCGAGAAGGCUAAAGCCGCCGCUAAAGGAAGCCAGCUAGAAUCAAACAAGAAAGCUAUGACGAUUCAGUGCAAGGUUUGCAUGCAGACAUUUAUUUGCACAACAUCUGAGGUGAAGUGCCGGGAACAUGCGGAAGCAAAGCAUCCAAAGUCUGAUGCAUAUGCAUGUUUCCCUCAUCUGAAGAAGUGAUGUAGCUGUAUCGAAUAUAGACUUUAAAUCUGGAUAUUAGUCAUGUAAAAGCCUUGAUCAUGAUACUAAGGACGACCUGUGAACCUAAAGUAACUGACUGAUCCUCAAAACCUUUCAAAUGGAUAAAUUGGAUAUUGGUUCAAUCCUGCAUCAAUGUUAAAGUGCGCAUUGUUGUUUAUUUAAAGCUUUGUUUCUGGA